GUCCAAACAUCUAAAAACUGGAACCUUGCCUGGUUAAACUUUAACACAUCAGAUUCUACUGAUGUUAGAGCCUCAACAGUUGGAGAAAUGUGGACCAAAGACUGUAUUUUAGUAGAAAUAUGGAUCCAUCUAUAAAUAAACACUAACAGGAACUUGAUGGAGACACUAGACCAGCCUGGUGUAAAAAAUGUUGCCCUUUCUUCCAUCUUCAGGGUCCAAUCAUUAAAAUGUGUCCUCUGCUGGAUCCAUUCAAUCAUUUGGAAACUAUUCUGGCUGAUGGAGUGUUAUUCUGGAGAUACUGAACCUUUAAAAUGGCUUCACAGGUGAGAUGGUCUGAUUUCCACCUGUUGGUCUGAACUGGUCUAUGUUUGUGUAUUUUAGCUCACUGAAUGACCUCAUGGAUGACAUCAUGACCACCACAGAUGACAUCAUAACUGCACUGACAACAGAGGAUCCUUUGUCCUUCAGCCCUUCACCCUCCGAGGAUGCUGACUACGACAUUCCGGACCUGAUGUGCGACCGGUCCUCGGUGCGGGAGUUCAGGAGUCACUAUGAGCCGCCGCUCUUCUGGAUGAUCGCCAUCGUGGGCGGAGUUGGGAACUUGCUGGUGGUUUGGAUCUACCUGCACGUCCGGCGGCGGCUGAAGACGAUGACAGACAUGUACCUCCUGAACCUGGCGGUGGCCGACCUUCUGUUCCUGGUCACACUGCCGCUGUGGGCAGCCGAGGCGUCACACGGCUGGAUCUUCGGCACCGUCCUCUGCAAGCUGAACUCCGCCCUCUACAAAGUGAACCUGUUCAGCAGCAUGCUACUGCUCACCUGCAUCAGCGUUGACCGCUACAUCGUCAUCGUGCAGAGCACUGCGGCGCACAACUCCAAGGUGGAACGCCUCCGCUGCAGCCGGCUGGUGUGUGCGGCGGUGUGGCUGCUGGCGCUGCUGCUGACCAUGCCUGAGCUGGUGUUCGCCGCCCCGGCCAAGGUGGACUCCCAGGAAUACUGCCGGAUGGUGUUCCCGACUAACGUGGGGAACCGCACCAAGAUCCUGGUGCUGUCGCUGCAGGUGAGUGUGGGCUUCUGCCUGCCCUUCAUCGUCAUGGCCUUCUGCUACAGCGUCAUCAUCGCCACGCUACUCAAGACCCGCAACUUCCAGAAGCACAAGGCCAUGCGGGUGGUCCUGGCCGUGGUGGUGGUGUUCGUCGUGUCACAGCUGCCCUACAACGGCAUGCUGGUGAUGGAGGCCAUGCAGGCCACCAACAUGACCGUGACGAACUGCGAGGAGGUGAAGGCCUUGGACAAGGCCGGCCAGGUGCUGAAGAGUCUGGCCUACGUGCACGCCUGCCUCAACCCUUUCCUCUACGUCUUCGUGGGCGUGCGCUUCCGCAAAGAUGUGCUGCAGCUGCUGCAGCUGCUGCUGCGCUGCUGCCGGCCGCUGGCCAUCAAGAGUCACCCGAGCAAGAGCAGCCGUAGUCCGCUUAGCUCCACCAGAGCCUCGGUAAUGUCCGACAGCGACACCUCGCAGGGCCUGUCGCUGUAGAUACCAGCGUCUCCACUUCCUGUUUGAAGUUUCCUGCAACUCAUUGAUCUUUCAGAAGCUUAUUCAACAUGUGCUGCUUCUUUUCAACAUUCCUGUACAGCUCAACAAGUUCCAGCACAGUUUAACCCUUAGAAAGAUUCAUUCCCUUUAAGGCUUCAGUGGGUUAUUAACAGCUGCUGCAUGUUUCAUGUGCAACUUAACGGGAGAGUCAAGAAACCCUUAAAGUCCACUCGUACUUCAAAUUAAGGUGUUCUUAUGGAGUUUUUCAAAAUAAGGGCCACAUGGAUAGGAAAGUUUUCAGAGCAAAUUAAACAGUUUUUAAGGAUGUUUUCUAGUCAGCAGUCAAAGAAAUAACCAUGAAAGUUUUUGAACAAGGAUUUAUCUGCUUCAUGUCAACUCUGUUUACAAGGACACAUUUUCAGUACUUUCUUUUAUUUCUCAGGAUUUUUUGAGGACUUUAUUAAGAUUUUUCCAUGAUUCUCUCUGGACUUUGAAAUUUGUUUUUCAAGACUUUUCCAUCAGUCUCUGAGGAUUUUUCUGGGACUCUAUCUGGACAUUUCUAGACAUUUCUAGAUAUCUUUACAGGACUUUUUCUGAUUUCAAGAGUUUGGGGGGAUUUUUUUAAGACUUUACAGGAAUUCCCCAAAAUCUCUCCAGGACUUUUACAUUUAUCUCUCUGGAACUUUCCAGAACAUUCUCAGGACUUUCCUGUACAGUGAAUGUAAAGCUCUUUUAAUGCACAUAGAGUGUGAUUUCUAGCUGCUGUAACUAGAGACCUGGUGGUCGUGUGUGUUUCUGUCGCUAUUCAUUGUGUUGCAUCAUCAGGUUUGAACAGGAUCACAUGACGAAUUAAACUGAGCCAAGACUGUGAUCCAUGUCACUGUUUGCCUCCGUUAUGGUACCAGCAUCAAUGCUAAGAGGCUAACACAUGCUAACAGAUGCUAACAGGUCCUCAGUCUCUGGAUGUUUUCUGAUGCUGUAAAUAGUUUGACCCUGUAUCUGUGUGUUCAGUCAUGAGGAAUAAAGUGAGUAAAUGUG